AUGAAGAUUAUCAACGCGUUUAUUGAGCCGAUCGUCAGAGAAGCUAUUGAGAAACGGCAGAACAGUCUCGCUACAGGAGAUGGGGAUGCGAAACCGGAGGACGAGGAGGGGGAGACACUGCUUGAUCAUUUGGUCAGCUUGACAUCUGAUCGAUGA